AGCUGGGCAAACUGUUUUUUUCUUUGGGAAGGGCCGUGUGGGAACUCCUGCGCACCAGUCGGAACGUCAUCGCAUUGGAGAAGGAGGCGAAGAUGAUCUAUUACCUUCACGAGUUUGUGAAGACACGCGUUGCAGACACUCGCAAUGCUUGCGAGUUUGUCCAGACCACCGGCGAACGAAACUGGGAUCCCAAACCUGACAUGUAUUGGAAAUUGUCGGGGAACAAAAGGACGGAGGUUUGGGACUUCCUUUUCCAACCCGGACUGCUUGGUCCGACCGACCUCGAAUAUAGUCGACGGAGAAACCUGGUGUUCGGUGUGCUCAAUGGGUACCACGAUGCACCCAGGGAGUCUGUCUCGCAUUUCCUGAUAAGGCUGGAGCACGUUUACUUCACGCUGGCCGAACCGCUCACCCUCGAAAACUAUAAGUCACAUUUUGACGAGGAGGACCCUUUCGACGCUGAAGACAUGGAGGAGUUGAGCGACUCCGAAACCUUCGAUUUUGAGUCCAUGCCACUUCCUCGGGUGGUUGGACAGAACCACGACACCUGGCAGAAUGACAGACUCUACUUCUUCGGCAAGCAUCACCGGUUCACGGCGGAGGAUGUCUGGGGACACAACGUCGUCUGGCACCCAAGGAUAUUCCAGCCUGCUGUGAAGAACGGAAUGUGGGUCAUGGCAAUGAAGGAGGCCGAUGGCAAGUGGAGUGGACUGAAGAGACUGGGAGCGGGUGCAUUUAAGAGAACGGCGAGACCUGCUCUGGUGGAGCAUUUGAAUCUUAUGAACACCGAGAGGAACGAUCCGGAUGUCGUUGUGUAUGCAGAACAAAAGCUAAAUGAGUUGUACGCCAACAACAUGUUGGAGUUUCGAGCGCCUUUCUACACACUCGAAACGGCACCAUCUCGUGGCAUUGACUGGCGCAUGCCACAACCUCCGUCGGGCGGUCAGCAUCUGGGAGGGGGUGGAGGAGGAGACGAAGGAGACGGCGGAGGUGGCGGAGGAGACGGCUCACAGUUUGCCGGAAAGGGGACGGGCAAGACAUCGUCGGUAGAGAAGGCGUCCGACGGAAAGGGGUCAGGCGGAAAGGACUCGGGCGAAAAAGGGUCGGGCGGGAAGGGGUCGGGCGGAAAGCGUAGAAUGUUCGGGAGUCCCCAGUAUAUGGAAACUGACCCCCACUGCGUAGGGAGUCGAGAUUCCGACAUGAGAGACAAGCCACCCAAAGGUCUGAUCAAGUGCGAGUAGAUUCGCACUUGUCUGCGAGGACUUUGUUUCCCGUUGCCGAGGAGAGUCCAUCCCGCCGUGCGCAGCAGAGGUCUCCUGUGCUCAACACCUUG